AGCAUGGCGCGUAUGUGGGUGUAUGUGGCGGUGGUGGUGCUGGGCGUGGCGGCGGCGGCGGCGGCGGCGGGUGGCGGCGGACAGGGGGGCGAGGGCGGGGAGGAAGGCCCCCGCCCCCGCCGCGCCCCCUCCGGCUUCUUGGGCAUGAGGGGCAAGAAGGAGGCCCCCUCAUCCCCCAUGCAGGCCGGCCCCGCCCCCUCCGAUGAUAUGAUGCCCGGCUUGUACCAGCUGGACAUGCCUCUGCGCGGUAAGAAGACGCCCUCUGGAUUCCUGGGCAUGCGGGGGAAGAAGAGUGAGGACGAGGAAGACGAUAUGGACGAGGAAGAGGAGGAGGCUGUAUAUGGACGCCCCGCCCUCGACUCAGACUUCAACUUCCUCCUCAAACGUGCUCCCUCCGGCUUCCUGGGCAUGAGGGGCAAGAAAGCGCCUUCAGGUUUCCUCGGCAUGCGGGGUAAGAAGGCCGGCUUCGAGGGGUACAUGCCACCCUCCGCCCAAGCCUCCCCCCGCCAGGCCCUGCUCUCCCUCCUCCAGGGGCAGGGGCUGGGGGACGCCGCCCCCCUCGACGACGACUACUACUACUACAUGCCUGAGGCGUGGCGCAGCAUGGGCACACACAAGCGGGCACCCUCGGGCUUUUUGGGCAUGAGGGGCAAGAAGGGCGCUGCCUACCAGGAAAAGCGGGCACCCUCUGGCUUCCUCGGCAUGCGCGGCUGAGGAAUGAAAAGGGAGACUCCUGCCAUAAUCAACCUCCACCACCUCCACCACCUCCACCACUGCAACCACCACCUCCACCUCCACCACCACCAUCAACACCAAACAGCGGCAACAACAACACCAAGAAUAACAAUAAGAAAAUCACAUAAAACACAUAACUAAACAACAAUAAUAAUAAUAAUAAUAAUAAUAAUAAUAAUAAUAAUAAUAAUAAUAAUAAUAAUAAUAAUAAUAAUCACCCUCAUUACCUGUCUUCUCUUUAAUUAAUUCUUCUUACCUGUCCAGACCACAAUUAACUAACCCAGGUGUGUGUGUAUGUGUGUGUGUGUGUGUGUGUGUGUGUGUGUGUGUGGCGGUGGCGGUGGUGGUGGUGGUGGUGGUGGUAAUUAGCUUUAGUAACCUUUUCAACACCUGUCCUCGCCUGUCCCCUCACCUGUGUGUUUCAAUUAAGGUGCGUGAGGCUGGGGGGCUCUUCAUUAAGGGUUCCAGGUAUCUUAAUGGCCCAGGUGAUAGCUAUUUCCCAUUUAAUUACCUCCACUUUCCCUUUCCUUCACCUUCAUUUUACUCCUCUCUGAAUAUCCUCUUUUUUUUCUUUUUUUUUCUACUUUUUCAACAAGCUUCUUUUUUCUCUUUGUUUCUGCUUUGUCAGUGGUCUUCUUUCUUCUUGUUUUCUUCUUUUCAUUCUUUCUUUUCUCGGUCAAUUUCAGCAUUUUGUAGAUAGUGUUUUUCUCGUUCAGUCUUCCUUUUUUCCCUUCAUCCCUUUUCCUUCCCUAUCCUCUUCCCUUCAUUUCUUUCCCUUUAUAUUUCCUUUCUAUACCUUCCCUUUCUCUUCUUCCUAUCUCCUCAUACCUCCCUAUCUCUCCUCUUCCAUUCAUUCCUCUUCUUUUCCUUUCCCAUCCCUUCCCAUCCCUUCCUCUCCCUCCCUCUUCCUUGUGGCUGGUUUUCAUCCCUUCCUUUUUAAACCCAUUUCCUUUUCCAGUUAUCUAGUCAGUCAGUCAGUCUGUCUGCCCGUCUGUCUGUCUGUCUGUUGAUUCAUAGACCAGAGGGAGAAUGUUAAAUAAUAAUAAUGUAAUCCAAUCAUUUAUCACAACACUUAGUAACACAAGAACAUCGAGAGGACGGUAGAAGAGGAAUCGGAUCUCUUGUAGUAAUAGACUUUGAUCCUCUUUGUGUGUGGGAACCUUCUUUUUAUUUUGUCUUUAGUAUCUCAUUUGACAAUCCCUGCAUUUGGUCAUUUCUUUUCUGCCUAAUCUUCCUUUAACUUUGUCUCUACUUUCCCCUGUUUUGAUUGUCUUCCUUUCUCCCUUUCUAACUCAUAACAUCGAGAAGUGUUGUUUCAUUAAAGGGUGUUGUGUCGCUUAUAAGUAGUGUCUGAUCCUGUGUCUGGUGUUAAUUCAAUAUGCUGGGAUGCUGGGAGCCUUCUUUCCUUAUUCCGUGUUCUGUCUCUCUCUUGUUGUGUGAGGGAGUGAAUGUUGGACGAGAUGGUGACUGCUUUGUGUGAAGAUGGCUGUGUGUAUGUGUUAGACCUCUUCCUCUUUCUCCUCCUCCCUCUCUUCCUCCUUCUCCUCUUCUUCCCAAAUAGCUGUCUGGACUUAUGUCAGUGAUUUUAAACUUGUAAAAGGGGAAUUUAGAGAAUGUUUGAAUCAAUAUAUUUUCAAAAGCCCAAAGUUAUUUCCCCUUAUUUUGAGGAUGUAAUUGCUUUUUCCUUCAUAUUUAUUUCUGCAAAGGUUUGUAGUGUUGCAUCUGUCAUGUAUUGAAUGUUGCAAAUUAUUUUGUGAAGAAGUUUGGAGUGCAGUAGUUUGUUUAUAAGGUUAAAAUUUCCCUCAUAUCAAACUAGCAAGAUAUCUCGAACUUUAAUGCAAAAAAAAUAUAUAUAUGAUGUUGAUGCAGGUGAUAUAUAUUGAUGAUUUAUAUAAGUGGAGAGUUGUAGACAUAUCACAGAGGAAUCUAUAUGUGUAUCCAGAGAGACAUUUAUUUAUAUUUCAAGAGACAAUUACAUGUAUCCAGAGUUUUAUAUAUAUUACAGAACAAACCGAUAUCAUUACACAUAUCCAGGGAAAAUGUAUCAUAUAUAUAUUUAAUAAUAGAUAAAUAUGACAUGUAUUGAUAAGUUCAUAGGGGAGGUAGGUAGAAAUUAUUAUUAUUAUCAUUAUUAUUAUUAUUACUAUUAUUAUGAAAGUGUGAUGGAGGUGGAUACUGGUGUGUUGAUAGUUUUUUAGAGAGAGAGAGAGAGAGAGAGAGAGAGAGCGUUAUCUUCCCUCCUUCGUGGUCUAAUCUCGGCUCCCGCAACAUUGUUUUGAUCGAUUCGUGAGGCAACGCGACGAAACAUUACGACCAACACUAAAAUCUUUGGCUUCUAUAGUUCGUUCAGUGCAAUAAAGGACAGACUUGA